AAAGACAGUAUUAAUCGAUAUCAGAAACGCGAUCCAGUACCAUCUGCGUGUAUGUUUUCCUCCAUGCCUGCAUUUCCCAUGGCGCCCGCUAUCGCGGUUAUUAACUGGGGGACAUCUUAACUGUUAUUUUAUUUCACUUGGAUGUAACUACUGUAGCUAGCUAGGUGUUUUAGCCUUGUUUUGAAUUUGUUUUUGUUGCACUCUCAACCGGCCAUGACCGUGGAGCAGAAUGUCCUCCAACAGCAUUCUCAGAAGCACCAGCAGACUCUCCUGAACCAGCUGAGAGAGGUCACGGGCACCACUGAUGUCCAACUGCUCCAGCAGGCCCUGCAGGUCAGUAAUGGAGACCUGGUGGAGGCGGUGGCCUUUCUGACUGAGAAAAAUGCCAAGGUGCCUCAGCAAGAUGAGGCCACCUACUACCAGACCACCCAAGUGGGCAACGACAGAUACAUUAGUGUGGGCAGCCAAGCAGACACCAGUGAGUACUCAUCUCACCCAGCACUGCCCGGGGCUGGUCCUAGCCAGGGAGAUCCCAAUGUGAUUGACCUGACAGGCGAUGACAAGGAUGACCUCCAGAGGGCCAUCGCUCUCAGCCUGGAGGAGUCUAGCCGGGCCUUCAGAGAGACUGGUAUAACCGACGAGGAGCAGGCUAUUAGCAGAGUUCUUGAGGCCAGCAUAGCGGAAAAUAAGGCAAGCCUGAAGCGAACACACACAGAGGUCUGGAGUGACUCGCCCAAUCCCCACGACAGGAAGAGGAUGGAGAACUGCCCUGUGGGGCUGAAGAACGUGGGCAACACCUGCUGGUUCAGCGCUGUCAUCCAGUCUCUGUUCAACCUGCUGGAGUUCCAGAGGCUGGUGCUACACUACUCACCUCCUGCCAGAGUUCAAGACUUGCCUCGUAAUCAGAAGGAGCACAGGAAUCUUCCCUUUAUGCAGGAGCUGAGGAACCUGUUCUCCCUCAUGGUGGGUUCUAAGAGGAAGUAUGUGGACCCAUCUCGCGCUGUGGAGAUUCUCAAAGACGCCUUCAAGUCCAGCGAAUCUCAGCAGCAGGAUGUGAGUGAGUUCACACACAAGCUGCUGGAUUGGCUGGAGGAUGCCUUCCAGAUGAAGGCAGAAGAGGACAGAGAGGGCGAGAAGCCAAAAAACCCGAUGGUGGAGCUGUUCUAUGGCCGCUUUCUGGCUGUUGGGGUUCUAGAAGGAAAGAAGUUUGAGAACACAGAGAUGUUUGGACAGUACCCUCUUCAGGUGAAUGGCUUUAAGGAUCUGCAUGAGUGCCUGGAGGCAGCCAUGAUUGAGGGGGAGAUUGAGUCCCUGCACUCAUCAGCAGAGAAUUCUGCCAAGUCUGGACAGGAGCACUGGUUUACCGAACUCCCUCCUGUCUUGACUUUUGAACUAUCGAGAUUUGAGUUCAACCAAGCCUUGGGGCGACCUGAGAAGAUCCACAAUAAGCUUGAGUUCCCCUCCAUGUUAUAUAUGGACAGGUAUAUGGAUAGGAACCGAGAAAUCACCAGGAUUAAACGGGAGGAGAUAAGGAGACUGAAAGAGCACCUGACUCUACUCCAACAGCGUCUGGAGAGGUAUUUGAGCUAUGGCUCCGGCCCCAAGAGGUUUCCUCUGGCAGAUGUCCUACAGUACGCCAUGGAGUUUGCUUCUAGUAAGCCAGUAUGUACCUCUCCUGUGGAGGACAUUGACACAUCAGCGCCUCCUGGUGGAACAAUGGGGCAGCCACUGCCCACUUCAAGCACAGCUGAACAGGGGCCCUCCUCACUCCCUCCAGAGGGAUCGGCCCCCAUGACCCAGCAGAGGGUUCCAAUCCAUAAGCCCUUCACACAGUCCCGACUGCCCCCUGACCUGCCUAUGCAUCCAGCGCCGCGCCACAUCACCGACGAGGAGCUCCGGGUGCUGGAGGGCUGCCUGCACCGCUGGAGGAGUGAGGUGGAGAACGACACCCGCGAUCUGCAGGGCAGUAUAUCCAGAAUCCACAGAACCAUUGAACUCAUGUACUCUGACAAGUCCAUGAUGCAGGUUCCGUACAGGUUACAUGCGGUGCUGGUGCAUGAGGGCCAGGCCAAUGCGGGCCACUACUGGGCCUACAUCUACGACCCACACCAGCACCGCUGGAUGAAGUACAACGACAUCUCGGUCACCAAGUCCUCCUGGGAGGAGCUGGUCAGGGACUCCUUCGGAGGUUACCGCAACGCUAGUGCCUACUGCCUCAUGUACAUCAACGACAAGAAGCCCUUCCUCAUAGAAGAGGAAUUUGAUAAGGAGACCGGACAGAUGUUGAGUGGUCUGGAUAAACUCCCUCCUGACCUGAAGGCUUAUGUGACAGAGGACAACGGCCUGUUUGACAAGGAGGUGGAGGAGUGGGACACCCUGCAAGCACGCAAGGCCCAGCAGGAGAAGCUGGCCUUGGCUGCAGCCGCCGAGACGUCCGCAGCAAUGAAGUCCCCUCAGGCAAUGAACACGGACCCCGGUUCACCAAACAACUCAGUUCCACUGCCGGAUCCGGAGUACAUGGAGCAGCCAUCCCCCACAGAUGACUCCAAGCACCUGCAGGAGGACACGGAGAGGGCCAUUUCCAAGGCUGUUGCCGAGCAGCAAGAGGAGAGGAGCCCUGAGGGGUUGCUUAGUGCAUCCAGUGGGGAGACUCUCUCCCCACCCCCCCAGCCUGAGGUGAACCCUGAAACCCCCCUUGCCCCUCCUUCUAACCCUGACCCCCCCGUGGAGGAUGAGCCCCCUUCCCACCGUACGGUAGAGGUGGCCAUCCCCCAGGUGGGAACCUUUGUCAUCGAGUCAGAGGUGGGGGGGUAUGACGACGAGGCCAUGAUGACUCCCAACAUGCAGGGUAUUAUAAUGUCCAUUGGCAAAGCAAGGACUGUUUUUGAAAAGCUCGGGCCUGAAGCGGCCUUCUUCAAGGCAAUUAAGGUGGAGUACACGCGACUGUUGAGGUUUGCCCAGGAGGACACCGCCCUGGAGAACGACUACCGUUUGCAGCACGUCAUUGUCUACUUCAUCCAGAAUCAGGCCCCCAAAAAGAUCCUCGAGAGAACCCUGCUCAUGCAGUUUGCCGACCGUAACCUGGGCUUCGACGAACGGUGUAAGAGCAUUAUGAAGGUGGCCCGCGCCAAGCUAGACCUCAUUAAACCAGAGGAGGUCAACAUGGAGGAGUAUGAGAUGUGGCAUCAGGACUACAGGAAUUUCCGCGAAACGACAAUCUUUCUGAUGAUAGGCUUGGAGCUGUUCCAGAAGAAAAGUUUUGUAGAGGCCUUGAUGUACCUGAUCUACUCGUAUCAGUACAACAGAGAGCUGUUGGUCAAAGGGCUGUACCGAGGUCAUGAUGAAGAGCUCAUUGGUCACUACCGCAGAGAGUGCCUACUGAAACUGAAUGACAAUGCGGCUGGGAUGUUUGAGUCUGGCGAGGAGCCGGAGGUGAGCAAAGGGCUGAGCAUUAUGAACGAGCUGGUGGUGCCAUGCAUCCCGCUACUGCUGGUCCACGACACUGAGAAGGACCUGCUGGCUGUGGAGGACAUGAGGAACCGCUGGUGCUCCUACCUGGGACAGGAGAUGGAGCCCAAUUUGCAGGAAAAGCUGACAGAUUUCCUCCCGAAGUUACUUGACUGCUCGACUGAGAUCAAAAGCUUCCACGACCCUCCCAAGCUACCCACCUACUCCACCUUGGAGCUGGUUGAGCGCUACAGCCGUGUCAUGGCCUCCCUGAGCCGGGUGCCUGCAGAUGGGAGAUGAGCUGAGGGGGCAGCAGCCCCAUGGCCCAAUACAACCCCCAGGGCACUUGCUCAUGGACCUCUCUUUUAACCCAUGCCUUCCUUAUAAACCAGGGGUCGCUCACUAUAGCUGUUACUCCUCUAUUUCUCUUUUGCUGCUAUAGGUUUUAUCAUUAUAUAAUAAUAUUCAAUUAUAUUUUUAAAGCGAAAUUGCAACAGAGAAAUUAAUGAAUGAACAGACUGUUGAGGAAGGAAAAAGAAGAGCAGGGGAAUUAGAACAAACCAAGAUUUUGUAGUGAUUGAAAUCCAGCGCAUGCUGCUCCAAGCUUUGUUAAACGAGGUUGAGUUCGUUGAGUUAUUUACUGUUGUGUUCGGUUUAUGCCCCCUCCCCUUUCUUAAAGGAGAAUUUCAAUAUUUUACAAUUUGAUGACAGGUGGUUCCUCACCCUGAAAGUACUGUAUGGUGUUUUCCAUUUAGUAAAAUUGUAUCCUAAAUCCUCUAUGUCACAAAAUCCGGUAAGUGGUUGAAAUGUCAGUUCAUAAGUAGACUAGUGGAAUAAUGUCCUCCUCUCACUGAUAGUCAACUUUCAUCAAGGAUGCAUGUGUGUCCAAAAUUUCAAUUAAAAAGUUAUUUUCUUUUUUUUUUUUUUAAAACAAUUUAUACAUUUGUUUUGGGAUGUAGGCACACCUGCCUAUGUAAUAUUCUUAAUGACAUAUGAGUGGAAAUGGCUUUGAGAAGGACCAUCUCAUUUCAAACAAGCAUUUUUUAUAUAAGCUCUAAAAUUGAAAUUCUCCUUUAAAGCAUCCCUUUUCUGCGCAAGGAGGAUUGCCCCGCUGCCCUGCCACCAAUUUGGUACAGUAUUAUCAUGUUUUUGUUUAGUUUUUCUAAAGGAAGCUACGAUUUGAGAAUCUUAAGAUUUAUCAACAGCUUUAAGUUGCUCAAGUGGGUCUAAUGGGCCCUGUGGACGGCACCAGAAUGAGAAGUUUUCAGUGCUGUGGUAGACAGCCAUGGACACUCUGUGGCUUGUUAAUAAAUUGAGAGAAUACAUUUUAUUUAUGGCCCUUUUAGGCCAAAUACAUAGUU